AUGGCGCUUUUCCGCACAAACUCGCCUGUUGGUUACUCCUCUUUCUUCAUAUCUGGCCUCCUCUCCCCUCCCAGCUCGUCUCCCGCCUCAGUGAAUUCGCGCGACUCUUUUGACUUUGGCUCACGUCGAGGCUCAUUGCCCACCGACUCUUAUCGGAUGUCUGGUGCAUACGAAGAUGACGAAGCUUCCAUGUUCUACUUCACUCUCCAGCCUCGACGCGACAGCAACGAAUAUCGUUCCUUCUUGUCCCUUGACUUGGCCGAAUCGCUAUCGUUGCGCUCACGCAGCAUGAAAAGGAAAUCUUCCUCUGCUCAUCGUCUACCACGUUCUUCUCGAGACUCUUUCUUAUUUACAGACCGUCAGAUUCCAGAUUCGCCCAACCUUCUGCCUCCACCUUCGCCAGUUGGCUUGUCGCCUACCUCUCGCUCCAUUCCUUCCGCCAAACCAGUUCCGGCCGCCAUUCUACCUGACACUCCCUCUUUCUCACGCACAAAAGUGACCCCACACGCGCUUAAGACUGCGUUAGCGCCGCAACGAAAGCCAUCGGUCUUAUCAAACGCAACUCGGGCGUCUGCCACAACUUCUACAGUCUCUACUCGCUACCGCCGGAAACGACGAGACAAAGCGUUGGACUGCCUUGAAGGAAGACGACCGUCCCCUCCAUUCGCUGCAACAGAGAACUUCAUGAGCCUUAGUGACGACGAGGAGGAUGACGAGCAAGUGCAGCACCAUUCAGGCGCCGUCCCUAUCAUGGACCAAGACCUCGACACCCUGUUGAGCGAUGACCAACUCAUUAGGCUCAUCGCCAGGCUAGAAGAUGGUGACCUGCGGACCGCUCCUUCUCCACCCUCCACGCCUCAUUCUCGCGAAAGCAGCUCGCACUCGUCCAAACCCCGUCACAAAUCUGCUCUUGGGCUCAAGUCAUUUAUGGAUUUUCAUAACGAGGACGAUACCUCAGGCUGGAGCUGGCGGGGUGUCGUCGAGGUCGCUUCCUGA